ACAAUGUCGUCUGCUGUAUUGACGUUAGGCUUAACGACCUAUGUUAGGCCUAAUGGUGUAAUUUUAGAUAAUUGAAAAUUUUUACACAGAGAAGAAAAUUUUACUUAUUUUAUCAUUUUCUUAUGAUAAAUUUUAAUUUUCUCCAUUAAUUAAUCAAUUAUGAUUGUUUUUAAUUUAAAGAAGUUAUUAGUUACUUAUUUAGCAUAUUAUUCCUUUUUUAUUCUUAAGCCUAACAACUGUUAAAAGAUUUCUCAACUUGUUUUGACUGUUGAGUUCAAAAGCCUCUUUGAACACGUGGAAUAUGGGCUUUUAAGGAAGUCGCAAUCGAUCUUUUGCUUUUAUUCAAAUUUUACUAAAAACUCUUCAAUUUUGCCAUUUUUAACCAACUUAUUUUAAUAUAUUUGAUUUAUUUUUACUUUUUAAUAAUAAUAUAUAUAUAAAACUUUUCGAAACUUGUGUAUGGAUCAACACUCGCACGAUUUAAAUUGCCUUCAUAGUAUUUACAGUAUUAAAAUUUCGCUUGUGGGCUAUACUACUAACAAUAUGAGUAAAUCAUAAAUGCUUCUAAACCAGCUAUGCCAAUUAGAAAAGAUGGAGAGAGGAAAAGAUAUGAAGCCAAAUUUCAAAAAAGCAGACCAUACCAAACCACAUAAAUAAAGUUUACUUGUCAUGAGAGUAGAUUGGAAAGCAUUUAGAGAACUUGGCAUAUCAGCUUUUUGUCUGCUUUUUGAAGAACAUUAUUGAAAUAAGCUGGGAUAUGAAUCAUCACUUAUUACUUUCAUAUAUAAGUUGUUAGGAAAACAGAAUGGAAUGUCAAUAUGUUGCUACACAGAGAGGAGGAAUAGCCCUUCUUUUUGAAGGCCACAGAUAUAAUAAAGUUCGUGAUGGUAAAGAAGGUACUGUUUAUUGGAGAUGUGCCAGAGAUCGACAGUGUCCAGGACGAGCAGUGACUGUUUAUAGCCGCAUAAAAAAAGCAAAUAAUAAACACAAUCAUCCACCUGAUACUUGGAGGAAUAAAGUGGACCAAGUCGUGUCAGAUUUAAAAUUACGUUCUCAAGAAGAUGUUACUGCCUUACCUACUCUUUUUACUGAAACAUUGAAAUGCCUCGCUGCUAAUCCACAAAUGGCUACACUUGCAUCAAUGGUGCCAUCACUUCCAGCUCUUAAAUCAUCAUUAUAUAGGACAAGGCAUAGAGGAAUGCCAACAUUAGUGCCAUUUAGAGAUUUCUGUCCAGAUGAUGAAUGGACACUUACAAAUAAUGUUGAUGGAGCUGGGGCAUCAACAUCUGAACCAUUAGAUAUGGCUGUUAAAAACACUGGAGUAUUAUUAAAAAGAUUGCGUUCUCUUAUGAAGAAUACAAAUUAUGUCAGUGAAAUACUUCAAGCUUAUAUUAUUCCUCAUAAAGAUUCUCAUCAGAGUGAAUAUCUGGCACCAUGUGACAGAAGAAGAGCCUUCAUAACUGGUUUUAGUGGAAAUUAUGGAACAGCAAUAGUCACAGAAGAUCAUGCAGCUCUAUGGACAGAUGAACAAUAUAUUCAGCAAGCUGAGCAACAAUUAGAUCAUAAUUGGACUUUAAUGAAAGAAGGUGCCUCAGGUACUCCAUCUAAAGGAGAAUGGCUAGCAAGGGUAUUGCCUAUAGGCAGUAGGAUUGGUGUUGAUCCUUAUUUGAUCCCAUUUGAUUCUUGGAAUCCUCUUUCUAAUCAGUUGGAGUUAGCAGGGCAUCAUCUAGUAAGUGUGAAUCAGAAUUUAAUUGAUUUUAUUUGGGAUGAUAGGCCACCACCACCCUCAACUAGUAUAGAACCUUUACCACUAUCAUAUACUGGAAAAUCUUUAGGAGAGAAAAUAACUGAAAUACGUCAAGAAAUGACAAAUAAAGAAGCUGUUGCUUUAUUAAUAACUGCUUUGGAUGAAAUAGCAUGGCUUUUCAAUUUAAGAGGAUGUGAUGUUGACUACAAUCCUGUGUUUUUUGCAUAUUCCAUACUUACUUUGGAAACUGUUUAUUUAUUUAUAGAUGAAAACAAGUUAACAUCAUCAGUAAGACGCCAUCUUCAAAAUGAUGAAUCUGAUUAUUCUGUUAAAGUGGAAAUCCGGCCAUAUAAACUAGUGAAAGACUGUCUGGGAUGGCUUGUAAAUCAAUUAAAUGGAAAAAUUUGGGUAUUUAUAAUAGAUUUUAAUGAACUUCUAUAAUACCAGAUCCUUUAUACGUAAUAAAAGUUUGGUGAUUGAUAUUCUCUAUCUCUUCAUAUUUUUUCAAACAGUGAUAAACUGUAAGAUUUCUAGGUAUAUUUUGGUUAAGUUUUUAAUUAAUUAAACCUUUUCACAAGAGGUAUUAUUUAUUAAUCUUCAAAUAAGUUGGUAGUUUAACAUAAUGCAGUGGACUCUUCCAUGUCCAAACUAAUGUGGGUGGGAGUGAUCCAGAUAUUAGAAAAAUCCUGGUCAGAGAGAGUUAAAAAUUUUUAAAUAAGACUAACACAUACAUCUGCUGAGUAUAAAAAAUGUUUAUUUUGACUUUGAUGCUUAGUUUUGAUAAUUAUAAUUAAUAUUGUCUUAAAAGUUUUUUCUUCUUCUUGAUUUGCUUACAAGCUGCUAUAUGCCUCAUCAUCAAGUCAGAAAUGGUUGAUGUAUUGUUAUCUUCUAAGAACUUCAAGGCAACCUUAAUUUUAAAAAAUUUAAAAUGUACAUACUACAUGGAAAAGUGAGAUUAGGAGUAAUGUAUAAGAUUUUUGAAAAUUUUUGGUUGCCUUUGAUCAGUUUGGAUAUAGGAAUGUCUACUGUA